AUGUCUGCGGAUCGGAGGUCAGGGCUCGGUUCUGCUCGCUGUAUCUCUCCGGAGAAGAUGCGGCAGAUCCGUUGCUCAGAGGUUGUGGCUCUGGGCUGCUGCCUGAUCCUCGCGCUCCUUCCCCGGCAGGCGAAGCCCGGAGUCCCCGGAACCCCCCGAUCUGCUCCGGGAAGAGGGCUGGUACGGGCGGCGAGGAUGAAGGUGUGUGGUGCUUCGUGCUGCAGAGGAUGGGCAUCCGGACCGCAGGCCGGAAGGUGCAUGAAACCACUCUGCAUCCCACGCUGCCGUAACGGUGGGUUUUGUCAGCGGCCGCAGACCUGCGCCUGCAAGCCCGGCUUUGAGGGCAGACGCUGUGAGACUGAGGUAUCCCUGCAGCACCGGUCGAACAUCACAGUUCGGCCUCUGGAAAUCGUGUCCACCAGCAGCAGUAUGAAGGGAGAAAGAGGGCGAGGGGGAAGAAAAGCAGUCAUCUCCCGUUACGUUAGCCGGAAGAAAGCCACAGUUCGACGGCAGCCACUAUCAGUGAAGCACUCCCAGGCCAUAUUACUGCGGAAACUCUCCAGCAAGCUCCCUGUGGCUGCCAAGAGUCACUCACCGAUGCACAUCGCCGAGCGCCUGGGCAACAAGGCAAUCCCGAAGAUGGCCGGGCACGGACAUUCUGCUGUCAAACAAUCUAAGCUGAAAGUUCUCUGUACAUUUCGAUGCCAGAAUGGAGGAGUAUGUGUGGGAAGGGAUCGGUGUCGUUGCACACCUGGCUUCACGGGAAGAGCCUGCCAGAUUCCCGCUUCAUCCCGCAGCAGCCAAGUUCCGAUCAGUUUCCCAACUGAGGAGCCAGUCACAAUAUCCAAACCUCGGAUACGAAGCACAUACACCCUGCCACUCUCCAACCAACGGCUCCGAUACUCAACAGAUCAACAGAUACCAUCAGUUGUUAACCUACAAGUUGACCACCCUCCUGAAGUGUCUGUGAAGGUCCACCAGGUCUCACGGGUAAAUGGAGGAAGGAACAGCAGUUCUGCUCUGCAACCCAUCGAACAGGGAACCCAUCAGAGGGCACUGCGUGAUCAGGCAAUGGAAGAUCAGCUGGGAUCUCUCACGGUCAUUCCGCAGUCUGGUGCUGACUACCCGUUCGGCUACUGCUUCACCGAGAUAACAAAUGGACAGUGCACCUCCCCUCUGACUGGGCUGCGGACACUGGAGCACUGCUGCCGAGGAGGAGGAGUGGGCUGGGGAGUGACCGAGUGUAGCGAGUGCCCGGUGUCUCCAGAAAAUGACUGCCCGCAAGGAUUUCGGAAAGCAGCUGACGGUGAAUGUCAAGACAUCAAUGAGUGCAGCUGGCCAAGAAUCUGUCAGAACGGCAAGUGCAUGAACAUGAGAGGCAGUUACAGCUGCGUCUGCAACCCUGGCUACGUCCAAGAUACUUCCAAGAGCCGAUGCAUCUCACAGCAGGUUAUCUCACUGACCCGAGGACCCUGUUACCGCAUUUGGAGGAGUGGGUUCUGUUCCCUGCCUGUUGUCCAGAACAUCACCAAACAGAUCUGCUGCUGCAGUCGUGUGGGGAAAGCUUGGGGUCCCAACUGCCAGAGGUGUCCUUCUCUGGGCACAGGUGCAUUCCGGGAAGUCUGCCCUGCUGGACCUGGCUACCACUACACCAGGUCAGACCUCCGAUACAUCAACCGGGUGAACGAAGAGCGUAACCAGAACAGAGAGCGGGUGAAUCUGGUGCGGCAAACCACCACCCUGGCACCUCGUGGCAGACACACUGUGGCUCCCAGGUUGAGAGAGAUGACAAAUGUCACCAGUUCGCCUACAACUACCACCACGGCCCUGCCUCGGAGAACAACCCCAGCUCCUCAGCUUCACAUCUGCCUCCGAGUCCCGCAGGUGUGUGGUCCAGGACGCUGCAUGAUGCGACAGCAGGGGUACACGUGUGUGUGCAACACGGGCUUCCGGCUGAAUGCUGAGCGAUCGCGCUGUAUCGACAUGGAUGAAUGUGGACAAAGGCCUUCACCCUGCCCCAAUGGUCGAUGCGAGAAUGUGGUUGGCAGUUACCGUUGUGUGUGCUCCAGAGGAUUUGUGGCCAAUUCUCAAGGCACAGAUUGUAUUGAUAUUGAUGAGUGCUUGAAUGAGCUCACUUGUCCAAACUCUGAGUGUGUGAAUUCCAUUGGAUCUUUCCACUGCCUCCCCUGCUCCACAGGAUACCAGAUCCGGGAUGGAAAGUGUACAGACAUGGAUGAAUGUGGACAAAGGCCUUCACCCUGCCCCAAUGGUCGAUGUGAGAAUGUGGUUGGCAGUUACCGUUGUGUGUGCUCCAGAGGAUUUGUGGCCAAUUCUCAAGGCACAGAUUGUAUUGAUAUGGAUGAAUGUGGACAAAGGCCUCCACCCUGCCCCAAUGGUCGAUGCGAGAACGUAAUUGGCAGUUACCGUUGUGUGUGCUCCAGAGGAUUUGUGGCUAAUUCUCAAGGCACAGAUUGUAUUGAUAUUGAUGAGUGCUUGAAUGAGCUCACUUGUCCAAACUCUGAGUGUGUGAAUUCCAUUGGAUCUUUCCAUUGUCUCCCCUGCCGCACAGGAUACCAGAUCCGGGAUCGAAAGUGUACAGAUAUGGAUGAAUGUGGACAAAGACCUUCACCCUGCCCCAAUGGUCGAUGCGAGAACGUGGUUGGCAGUUACCGUUGUGUGUGCUCCAGAGGAUUUGUGGCUAAUUCUGAAGGCACAGAUUGUAUUGAUAUUGAUGAGUGCUUGAAUGAGCUCACUUGUCCAAACUCUGAGUGUGUGAAUUCCAUUGGAUCUUUCCACUGCCUCCCCUGCUCCACAGGAUACCAGAUCCGGGAUGGAAAGUGUACAGAUAUGGAUGAAUGUGGACAAAGACCUUCACCCUGUCCCAAUGGUCGAUGCGAGAACGUGGUUGGCAGUUACCGUUGUGUGUGCUCCAGAGGAUUUGUGGCCAAUUCUCAAGACACAGAUUGUAUUGAUAUGGAUGAAUGUGAACAAAGGCCUUCACCCUGCCCCAAUGGUCGAUGCGAGAACGUGGUUGGCAGUUACCGUUGUGUGUGCUCCAGAGGAUUUGUGGCUAAUUCUCAAGGCACAGAUUGCAUUGAUAUUGAUGAGUGCUUGAAUGAGCUCACUUGUCCAAACUCUGAGUGUGUGAAUUCCAUUGGAUCUUAUCACUGCCUCCCCUGCUCCACAGGAUACCAGAUCCGGGAUGGAAAGUGUACAGAUAUGGAUGAAUGUGGACAAAGGCCUUCACCCUGCCCCAAUGGUCGAUGCGAGAACGUGGUUGGCAGUUACCGUUGUGUGUGCUCCAGAGGAUUUGUGGCCAAUUCUCAAGGCACAGAUUGUACUGAUAUUGAUGAGUGCUUGGACGAGCUCACUUGUCCAAACUCUGAGUGUGUGAAUUCCAUUGGAUCUUUCCACUGCCUCCCCUGCCCCACAGGAUACCAGAUCCGGGAUCGAAAGUGUACAGACAUUGAUGAGUGUGCAAGAGGUGCAGCCUGUGGAGAGGCUGGAAUGUGCAUCAACACUGAAGGCUCCUAUCGGUGCAGAUGUAACCCUGGAUACCGGCUCCGUGCUGAUGGCAACCAGUGUGCAGAUAUCAAUGAAUGUUUUGAAGGAGAUUAUUGCGCCCCAUAUGGAGAGUGUCUGAACAGUGCAGGAUCCUACACCUGUCUCUGUGCUGAGGGAUUCACCACCUCUCCUGACCUCUCCACUUGCUUAGAUGUUGACGAGUGUAGUACCGCUGGCCGCUGUGGCAAAGGACACUGCACCAACACUGUCGGCUCAUUUGAGUGCUCAUGUGAACCUGGAUUCCGAGUCGAUGCGGAUCGAUCUCAGUGUCUAGAUCUUGACGAGUGUGUGGAAUACCCGAUGAUCUGUGGCUCCAACCGUUGUAAGAACAGCCCCGGCUCCUUCCAGUGCAUCACCGAGUGUGGAGUGGGAUUCCAGCUGAGCCCUGCCCAGGAGUGUGUCGACGUAGAUGAGUGCAGCAAUGCCACCAUCUGUGGACCCAACGCCUACUGUCAGAACGUGGCAGCGUCGUUCCGGUGUCACUGUGACCAGGGUUACCAGAUGGCAUCAGAUGGCUCACAGUGUGUGGAUGUAGAUGAGUGCAGCAAUGCCACCAUCUGUGGACCCAACGCCUACUGUCAGAACGUGGCAGCGUCGUUCCGGUGUCACUGUGACCAGGGUUACCAGAUGGCAUCAGAUGGCUCACAGUGUGUGGAUGUGAACGAGUGUCAGAUCAUGCAAGGUGUUUGUGGUGCAGCAUCUUGCGAAAAUGUCCCUGGUUCAUUCUUGUGCAUCUGCCUGGAUGAGAAGGAAGAGUUUGACCCCAUAACAGGACGAUGCAAUCGUCGAGCUGCGCACGCGACGCCUGCAAGGGAGGAGAAUGAAUGCUACUACAACCUGAAUGAUGUGCAGCUGUGCCAGAAUAUCCUGGCAAGCAAUGUUUCACGGCAAGAGUGCUGCUGUACUGUCGGAGAGGGAUGGGGCAAAGACUGCAGAAUCUACCAGUGUCCUGUGUACGACUCCGAUGAAUAUCGGUCUCUGUGCCCUCAAGGGCGAGGGUUUAUUUCCCUUCCACACCCAACACGUGAAAGGAGUUACACAGAUGCCGAUGAGUGUACGCUGUUUGGGUCGGAAGUCUGCAAGAAUGGCGUGUGCGUCAACACGAUUCCAGGAUACUCCUGUUAUUGUCCAUUCGGAUACUAUUAUCAUUCCACCCUCCUCGAGUGCAUUGAUAACGAUGAGUGUGAGGACGCAGAUGUUUGUGACAAUGGAGAUUGUGUGAACACAGUGGGUUCCUAUUACUGUUCGUGUCAGCCUCCCCUCAUCCUUGAUGUCACUCUUCGCAGAUGCACCUCCAACGAUACCGAGCAGUUUGAUGUCCACAUGGCUCUCUGUUGGCAGGAGGUAGGUCGCAAUUACCUGUGUAAAAGGCCUUUUCUGGAGCGACUUACAACCUACACGGAAUGCUGCUGUCAGUAUGGUGAGGCAUGGGGAAUGGACUGUGCCCUGUGCCCAACCAGAAAUACAGAGUAUCACAAUGCGUUGUGCAGCUACCUGAGUUCACCCACUGAGGAAGACGAUGGUUACCCUUAUGGGUUGGAAUAUGAAAACUAUGGUCCGCAGUUUGAACCCGAGUUCCCUCCAGAUACCUUCCGGACCUACGAUCCCCAAGAGUACGAUGCUGGCCCAUCUCCCCUCAGUGACGGACGAGGGGCCAGUCCCCCGGAGUUCGAGCCGUUCCCAGCUGCAGACCCUCUGGGUGGCCGUACGCUCUACGAGUCUCGCCGACAGCGCUCGGGGCCAGGCCACAGUGAGCAGAGCUCGCCCUCUCGAUCCCGCUACCGGCCUCGAGCCAGGCACACCGGCCGAGGCUUCAGCACCAGGAGCACCCGGGUCAGCUUGCCCGAGCAGCAGAAUCGUCAGCCAGACGCUGCACCAGACCCCCACCCUCACCUCAUCAGUAACAAUGGGCAAUAUCACACCCGGUUCCAGCAAUACAACAGCCUGCGGGUGGAGGAAUGUGGAAUUCUGAACGGCUGUGAGAAUGGCAGGUGUGUCCGUGUGCCUGAAGGCUUCACCUGUCACUGUGAUGCCGGCUACAGACUCGACAUGACCAAGAUGACUUGCAUUGAUAUAAACGAGUGUGACGAAGUUGAAGAUCCCAAAGUUCUCUGCAGAAAUGCCAAAUGCGUUAACACGGACGGCUCGUAUCGAUGCAUCUGCUUACGCGGUUACGUGCUGUCACGCCAGCCCAAUUACUGCACAACCGUGCAGGGGAGCAUGAGGGGGGCAGGCUUGUGAAACCAAAGAUUAAGAAUAGCAACCAGUUCCACGUUUAAGAGACGAGUGGAGCAUUGUUGAAUAAUCAGGGUGGGAGGUAUUUAUUUCACUGCUAUUUAAUUGAUAUUGGGGAGAGGCGGGGAGAAGCACAACUUAUCAUAUGAGAGCACUUGGACUUCGAGUUUUUAACUGGGAUUGUACUGGUCUUCAAUCCAGCAGCUCUGCAUUCCAUCAGAACCUGACCUGCUGGCAGCAACUGUUCCUUGUAUAUAACGGUCCAGUAUCAUUAAAAACAAUCUGGUCUGCAUACAAUGAAUUAAUAUCAUGCAAUGUUGUUGUUGAAUCUAUUGUACUCAGAGUCCAUGCUGAUAGCUGUCUCAGUUUCGCUGAGCCACCUACAGAUGACUCACUAUUAAUUUUGCUCACUGACCAUUACACCGCUGGCAUUUAGAGCAGCAAUGAGAGUCCUUUAUCUCUGGUAUUGUUCAUCAUGUCAGUAGCUUCCUCUCUGUCUUCACUGGCAGUCACGCAGGUCCCGGGUGGAGACUCAGGAGUAUCGUUGCACUCAGAUGUUGAAGGAUUCUUCAUUGCUGUCUCCAGAAGAGUUUUGUUUUAUCAGUCAGGGUUGUCAGCCCUGAGCUGGAGGGCUGGACCACUCUUAGUCUGCCCUCUACCCUUUGACCAUUUGGCAUGGGUGACCCUACCAAGCCCUGACUGCAGCCAGCAGAGCUCUCUGGGUCAUUGAGGCACACAAGCCUCCAAUCCCUACGACGAGGUUGUGGUCCUCUUGGAGGUGACUAUUUAUUGAAUGGGUAAUAUAUUUCACUACCAUCUUUCAGGCUUCUAUCCCUCCUUCCACCCUCAGAGAAACUCCUUUACGCUGCCGUGGCGCAGAAUAGGACUUUAUUGUCAUUGCUCAAGACAAUGAGAUUGCAUUGUCUCAUUGAGGCUGAUCGACUAAGCAACUAAUGCAAGUAUGAUGAUCUAUCGCCAAUAGCUCACAUGAGCCAGUCAAGCAGUGGGGCAGCUUACAUCUUCUUCAGGAUUAUCAGAGGACCCUUUUGAAUCAGGGUAUCAACUGUACAUCUUGCAAUCCUGAACUCUGUUACUGGGCAGCAAGCAACACUAAGGGAUGUAGUAAAUAAAGCUGGAAUUCAGCUGGGAUUUGCCAGAAAUUUGGGCUACAAUCGCUAUGGACUCUGAUCUGAAAUGGAUGUUACCCACUCCACCACAAGGAACAUACAAUCUGUCUCCGCAGUCAGAGUGUAAGUGGUCCAUUAAGUUCCUCCUUUGGCUCAUUUAAGUGGCUUGUCACUUCUUUGAAGGAAUUGGGGCUAUUGUUUAUCUUGCAAUAGUGCUGGACCCAGGGUCAUAGAGUUGUAGGAGAGUACAGCACAGAAACAGGUCCUUCAGCCCAUCUAGUCCAUGCUGAACGAUUUAGACUGUCUACUCCCAUUGACCUGCACCUCCGUAUCCCUACCAUCGAUAAGCUUCUCUUAAACGUUGAAAUUGAGCUGACAUGCACCACUCAUGGUGACAGCUCAUUCCACGCUCUCACCACCGUCUGAGUGAAAAAGUUUCCCCUCAUGUUGCCCUUCAACUUUUCCUCCUUUCACCCUUAACCCAUGACCUCUGGUUGUAGUCCCACCUAACCUCAGUGGAAAAAGCCUGUCAUAAUUCUGUAAGAGUUUUCAGGCUGUUUCUCAAAGGUGAGUUUCAGGGAUUCAGAGAGCGCGUGGUGCAGUCAGCACUGUUGUCUAUUCCUCAUUUCCUUUGAGAAGCUGGCGUGCCCUGCCUUCCUGAAGUGGUGCAGUUCUUCUGGUGAAGAUUCUGCCAUAAAGCUGUUGGAUAAGGAGCUCCAGAAUUCAGAGCCAACGGGGAAGGGGUGUAGAGCCAUCAAUUCUUCUUUUAGCCUUAAAAGAGCAGAGCGAGGGAGGGACUGCACUGGCGAGCAUUCAUCCUGCCACCAACUACCCACUCCUCAUCAACAGUGCAUUGGUUCUGCCCUAAACACUUUGGCCAUAAAGUGGCUUCCAACUCUGUGAAUUCGAUUUCCAUCCAUUCAGGUAAUACUGGAGAGUCAAACAUCAGAUUGAUAACGAGGCAUCGGUUCGUCCAUAUUCCCCACCCGGGCACUACGGUAUCUCUUCCAGAGUUCACUCUCUGAGAUCGCUGCUUCUGUGCUUAGUUCUUCCGUUACAGUCCUGGAAGGAACACCUCCAUCUCCUUGCAAUGUGUCUGUAGAGAGAGCGAAAGACUGGGAUCAGAUUCUGUGAAAGGCAAUGUUUACCAAUGGGCAAUCCCAAAAUAUCCAGAAAGAAUAAUUAGAAUUAGAGUCAGAGUCGGGUUUAAUAUCACCCACCAGCAUGUGUCGUGAGAUUUGUUGUCUUUUCAGUGGCAGUACAUCGCAAUACAUAAUGCAGACAAAAACGUGAAUUACAGUGAAUAUAUAUACUUAUGGUAAUUCACAUUUUGUCUCUUACGUAUUGCAUUUUAACACAUAUAUAAAAUAGUAAAAUAAGUAGUGCAAAAAUAGAAAUAAAAAAGUAGUGAGGUAGUGUUGAUGGGUCCAUUCAGAAAUCUGAUGGCAGAGGGGAAGAAGCUGCCCUGGAACAUGAAUGAAAUUGCUGCAGUGUUGGUAACUACUGCAAUAUCAUCCAUGCAGUCUCAAUUGAGCAAGCCCAUGUUUCACACUGUUCAUUCAUUUGUUCGUUCAUCGUGUGCCGAGUCCUAUGAGGUGGGCGUUCAUGGUCUUUCCAUAAACGUGACUGUUCUCGGCAACUGUUUCGACUGAAGCUGUUUGCCAUUGCCUUCUUCUGGACAUGCCUCCCCAGCCAUCAUAAUGCUCACCAGAAAUUGCCUGGUAUCAGUGGUCGCAUCACCAGGACUUGUGAUCUGCACCAGCUGCUCAAACAACAUUCCACCACUUGCUCCCGUGGCCUCACGUGACCCUGAUCAGUGGGGGGGGGGGAGAGAGGGGAAGUAGGUGCUACACAUUGUCCCCUACCCCUCCUUUGGCAGUGUCACAUCUCCACCCGCCCCAUCACCCCCCCCGCCAUACCUUGCCUCAAUAUCUCAGAUUUAGAACAGAGCAGGACCAAUGGAAAUCUCAGAAUAUUCCCAAAUGUUAUCACCUUAACUAGUACCUAUGAAUAUCAUUGUACUUUCACUCGAAAUACUGCAUCUUUUGUAUAACUUUAAAAAGAAUGAGCGCAUC